ACCACAUUUGCCUCAUUCGUCUAAACAACAGUUCGCGCGUGUGGUCCGUGUUUCACGAAGCGGUUCGCGGGACCAUCAAAACCGCUUCUCGUGAUUCAUGCAAGUUGGGUAGUGUGACAGUUUGUGUAAAUUCGCCUCUCCGCACUAGGAGGGCCCUUUGCCAUGGCAGGAAGACCCAACCGCCUUAACGAUGACAGGGAACGUAGGCUGAAACCUUACGAAAGACCCAGGUCUAUGCUGCAAACUGUGACAUCGGUUGUGCGGCACCUGCUGACACCGUCCUGGCUGAGUGAACCCCCAUCUGAGCCUUUCAACGAUCAAAGACCAGAGCUGAUAAAUGGUGAAAAAGAGUCAUCUGUUUGUACAUCCCUGGGGUCCUCGCCACGGUCAACACGAGACUGUGCUGUGGGACCAGACGGUGAUCUUAACGAGGUGCCCAGCCCCCCCAUGCCUGCGACAUCACGGCCAGAGACGCCAUUGCAACGACCCCUGGAACGGCCUCAAGAGCGGCUGCAGGAGCAGCCAUUGGAAAGAACGUUAGGAAGACUAUUUGAACAGCCGUCGGAACGAUAUGACCGACCACCGGAACGGUUAUCGGAACGGCCACCGGAAAGGCCACUGGGACAGACGUUCAAGCGUGCUUUGGAACGGUCUCCAGAGCAGCCCACUGAGUGGCCAUUGCAGCCGUCGCAGCUGCGGCCAGGGGCUUCAUCCAGUCCCAGCAGCAGAACAAGUCUCGUUGGAACACCUAGCUCCGUCAAGAGACAAAAACUCUGGUAUGAAGAUAGCCCCAUGAAAUCGCCUUUCUACUCUGGUCAGACAACGUAUGGCGGAGCUGCGGCCCAAAACAGGCUACGAAUGUUGGCAACGUCACAGACACCUACGGUCCCAGUCAUGGCCCGAGGUGUGAAGCCAGGAGGAGCAACAGUUGGGCUCAGUAACACUACUCGCCAAAUCCUGGCUACCCUGGAGAAGAUGGCAACUCCUGUUACGGAGGCCAAGCGUGUACCGCUGAGGAGCAGGAUAGCAGAUGGCCGGAGUUGGACUCUCCCACACCGCAGAGAUCCCCCUGCACCAACACAGGGUGGGCCUCCAGUCAGAAGUGCAGCUAGGCCAUCUAUUCGAACGGUAGUGCCACCUCGGACAGAGAUGUCUCGAUUGGAGGUCUCUCGGAAGGAAAGCACUGCAGCUGAAUCCUCGUGGGCCGAUUCCCUCAAGGCAAAGGUGUCUCGGCCGGAAACUGGCAAACCUGAAGUGCCUUCGGUUGAAGCUGCCAAGCAAUACCCUCUGAGAAAAACAGAGGAACCCAGUGUUGAAACAAGUAGUGUGACGGUGGCUCCUGUGGCCAAACCGAACUCGGUGACUUCUGCUUGGGAACCUCCGUCUAAUAGAUCGGCCCCUGAUCGUGCUCCAGGAGGAGGCAAGAUGGUUCGUGUUAUCCACACAGCCCACCCGGCACCACUGAAGAUGAGUGGCUCACCGUCGGAACCAGAGGAAGAACUCCCACCUGCAGUACCUCUUCCGCCCAUCCAGAGGCUUCCUACGUUCUCCUUCAACCUCAAACCACCACAAUCACUGCCAGCAACACCAUCGACCACCCUCGCAAGCAACAGCAAUGGGAAGACAAGCGGUGGAAGUAUCAGUUCUGGCCUUGUAAGCUCUAGCCCCGUCACCUCUAGUUCUGUCAGCUCUAGCGCCCUGAACUCUAACGCCUUCAGCUCUAUCCCCGUCAGCUCUAGCGUCGUGAACUCUAGCGCCUUCAGCCCUAGCACCAUCAAGUCUAGCACUGUCAAGUCUAGUGCCAUCAGCUCUGGCCUUGUAGGCACGGGCCCCAUAGGUACCAACAUUGUAAGCUCUGGCCCUGUCAGCUCCAACCCUGUCAGCUCCAGCACUGUCAGUUCCAGCCUUGUGACCUCCAGCCUUGUCAGAUCUGGCCCCAUCAGCAGCAUCCCCACCAGUAGUAUCCCCACCAGCACCAACCCUGUUGGUGCGCUCUCUGUCACAGAGUUCACAUUCAGCAAGCCAAAGCCAUUGGCCAGCUCUAGUGCUGCAUUGGUGGCACAACCCCAGAGAGACCAGUUAUACGAGUUCUCUGAGCCUUGGGGACCACAUGGCGAUGAGGAACAGCAGGAAGAAAAGCUGCCUGAUGAAGCAGGUCAUGGACUGAAGAAGCCAAGAGAAGCCAUGCAGGUGGAUCCUCCAAACAAGUCUGUGCCGGAGGUUGACGCAGAGACCAAAGAGCCAGAGAAUGCCACGGCCAAAAAUGACAAGGACAGCAAGAAUUCCGUAAAAGAUGGUGGGGACCUGUGGGAACGUUUCAAGCCAGCUGCCGGGAGCUGGUCGUGUUCGGUGUGCAUGAUCACCAAUGCAGCCUCGGCAAACUGCUGCCAAGCCUGCGAGACGCCGCGUCCUGGUGCUGCUCCCAAAGCAGCAGCAGCUCCCACAAGUGUCCCUUCUUCAGCGCCCGCCCCCGUGGCCCCGCUGCCUAUCAGUGUUGCCACCGCAGCCUCACGCUGGGAGUGCAGCACAUGCCUGGUGAGAAAUGAGACCAGUGCCACUCGUUGCUGUGCCUGCGAGACUCUUCGGCCGUCGGCCGGCAGUGCUACAGCUGGUGCUACACCUUCCGUGGUGGCCAGUGGAUCCCUUUGGGAGUGUGACACGUGCCUGGUCAGAAACCAACCUACUGCAGUGCGUUGUUGUGCCUGCGAGAAUCCUCGGCCGUCGGCCAGCACUGCCACUCUUUCCUCGGCGCAGGCGGCUGCAGCGACCUUCAAUUUCAAGCUGCCUUCCUCUGAGCCCAGUGGUUUCGGAGGAGCGCCCUUUGCUGCGGCGCCCAUGCAAUUCAAGUUUGGCAUACCUUCGUCGGGCUCUGCAAAGCCAUCCGAAGGUGCUCCUUCCUCGGAGAGUGCGGCGAAACCGCUCAAAUUUGGCAUUCCUAGCACUACCACUGUUACAAGUGCCGCUACCAAGCCAACGACUUCUACUACAGCUGCGGCACCCUUAAAGGACUUCAAGUUUGGUUCUUCCUCGGAGGAACCAUCAAAGGCCAUCAGUUUCGGUUCAUCAGCCAGUGAAGCAUCAAAGGCAUUCAAGUUUGGCACCAGCUCUGAGGAGUCUGCAACGUCUUUCAAGUUUGGCACCACUACUAACGAGCCCACAACAAAGCCACUUAAUUUUGGCGCAACGGCAUCUGAACAACACACAAAGUCAUUUACGUUUGGUGCUAGUUCAGAGGAGCCAACAAAAAGAGCCAAGCCAAGCACAACUACAGAAGAGGCUGCAAAGCUGUUCAACUUCGGUUCGUCCUCGGAUCAACCCUCAAAGCCUCUCAAGUUUGGCUGCACCGCACCUGAGCCAGCCAAGGAUCCUCAGACUGGAAGUGGCACAGAAGUUUCUACAAAGGCUUUCAAGUUUGGUGCCACCACGGAUGAGCCUACAAAAUCGUCCCCAAUAGCCAGCUCUGCGGAGGGUGCAUCGGGCGGCUUCAAACUUGGCCACAUGGCAGAGCCAAGCAAAGGAUUUCCUUUUGCGUCUACUACUGUCAAGGAACCAGUAAAGCCCUUCAAGUUUGGCACCACCCCUUCAACAGAGACAGCCACUGGAGGCUUCAAGUUUGGCUCUACUGCAGAGGAGCCCGCAAAGAGUGUCAAGCCUGGCUCCUCCGAAGAACAGCAACCGGCUGCAAAAACUUUCAAAUUCCUUGCCCCGUCGGGUCCCGCCGAACCACCCAAGCUGUUUCAAUUUGGCAUGACUGCGGAGCAAACACCGAAAUUGGGCGCACCUGUCGACACUCCCGCUAAGCCUUUCAGUUUCGGGACGCCCGCAACUACAGCAGGAGCAGCAGAGGCGGCACCAAAGCAAUUUUCGUUCGGCUUGGCAGCAAAGCCCAGCGAAAUGUCAGCCCCCACAGUUACAGCACAGCAGCCAUCUAUUGUGCCUCAGGGAGGCAGUCAGACCACCACUUCUGGACAGCUGCCUGGCUUCCUAGCACCGGCCACUACUGCACCUGCGGCAGCAACGCCGACCAUUGAACCUGCAAAGCCGGCUUUCCCAACUUCGCAGUUUGUCUUUGGCCAGAAAACUGACGCCAGCGCUGCCACCUUUUCGUUUGGCUCCCAGCCUACACCGGCUUUUCCCCAACCGGCCAGUGGUGCAUCUGCUCCUUUGCCAUCUUUUGGCACCCUGACAGGCAAGCCCCCAGAGCCACAUGUGGCAGCACAGCAGCCGACGUUUGGCAUUGGGGCAACACCCACUCCUGCUUUUGGUGCCCUGAACCCUCUCAAGCCUGCUGCCACCCCUGCAGUAGCACCUACGGCCACCAGCAUGCCAAGUGGCUUUGGUUGCCAACAGCCGACACCCAGUACUGGAUUUGGGCUGCCUGCAGCGACUGUCCCUACCCAACCGUCGUUCAUUUUUCGGCCACCAACAGCUGCACCGCCAGUGACCUUCCAGUUUGGCAGCACUGGCCCAACCUCGGGUGGCGUCUUCCGCUUUGGAGCUCAGCCCAGCCAACCAGCCACGCCUCUGCAGCAGCAGCCACAGCAGCAGCAGCCAGCCCUUGAACCUUUCGGGGCCCCGUUUGGCCAGACUCCCCCCAUGCAGUUUGGAAUGUCACCCUCGCCACUUUUCCCCGGGCCGGAUUCCGAGAACCCGUUCAACGCCACCAGUGGCAGCAGCGGCACUACGCAGCAGCGUCGCAUUCGCAAGGCCAUUCGACGAAAGCCCACGCCGCGGUAGCUCUGGACUGUCUCUGGCUGCUGCCGCCACAUGCAUUAUGUGUGCCCUCAGGUCCUGUUGAAGCGCUGUGCCAGGGCCCGCACUAUGCUGCCUGGUAUCUCCUGGUGCUGCUGUAUGAGGGCCUCCACGGCACUGGCUGCCUGCAAGAUUUGGCAUGUGGGGGAUGACAGUGUAAAAAAGUGGAA